CAGAAUAAGUCAAGCUAACCGAUCCCAGGGUGUUCAAGUUGUUUUCUGAGAGCUUUUCGGCCUUGCCCUUGGCGACACUUAUUGGACACAAAUAUUUGGUCCUUCACGGAGGGUUGUUUUCAGAUGACAAGGUCACAUUAGACGACAUCCGGAAACUCGACAGACACCAGCAGCGCCAGCCUGGACAAUCCGGGCUCAUGAUGGAGAUGCUGUGGACCGACCCUCAGGAGGAGCCGGGCCGUGGCCCCAGCAAGCGUGGAGUUGGCAUGCAAUUCGGCCCAGACAUUACGAAGAGAUUCUGCGAGAACAAUGGGCUGGAAGCUAUCAUUCGGAGCCACGAGGUCCGCAUGGAUGGUUAUGAGGUCCAACACGAUGGCCGUUGCAUCACAGUUUUCUCGGCCCCCAAAUAUUGCGAUUCCACCGAGAACAGGGGCGCAUACAUCAACAUCGGCCCUGACUACAAACUGCAUUAUGAGCAGUUCGACGCGGUCCCUCAUCCCGACGUUAAGCCAAUGGCGUAUGCCCAUAGCUCUCUAAUGUCGUCCCUCAUGUAGCGCUUGGGCCAUGUUGAUGGGUUGAUGCGGGAGCGAUGGAUUUGUACGAGUCGAGUGUUCCGGUUUGGCUAUUACCGCGAAGGCAUUUUUCGGGGCAUACAGGUGGCACACGUCUGCUACGGC